UGGCUCAAUGUCUGGCUCAAUAUGCAACUCACUUUAUUUAUAGCUGAUUUUCCUCCACAAAGUUUCCAUUUUGCAACAGGAUCUUUCCCUUGUGCACUGAAGAUCUCUACAGCAGCUCCACCCUGUGAAGGAAAUGCCAUUCGUUUUCAUGACAGACAGUGAGUGUUUGAGAGAAGCCGUGGUCGCUGACCUUGGGAGGCUUGGACCCAGGACGGGGACUGGAAUCGGCACUGGGAAAUGGAUUUCUGAUGGUAUCGUGCCAUGGAGGGUUCCUCAUGCAAUAGCAAACAGCCCACAAUCUGUGCCCCCUUUCUGCUGCUGGACUGCCGGCCACUCCACAGUCAGAGAGGUCCCUGGAAAAGAUAAGAGAGAGGUCUGUGGGGUCGUCAGAGUCCAGGGAGGUUUCAUAUGUGCUCUUCUUGGCUUCACCCUGUGGAAGCCGGGCCUUGUUGGAGCGGAGAGGUCGGGGAGAGGUUACUAGCACUUUCACCUGCCUCGAAGUCUGCUACCACCCAGAGGAUGCCCACAGCCACAAUAGCUGUGAGUCCCAAGAGUGCCCCUAGUAACAUCUUCUUCCUGCUCUGCUACUUGCUUGCAGUGGGAGGCGUGGAUCCAGGUGUCUUUUCCUAAGCACUUUACAUCUGUUACGGGGGUGAGGGCGAUCUGAUGUGGUCCGUUCUACCUGGGUUUUAAAGGUUCUUUACCUCUCUUGUGCCUCCUGACCAUUACCCAACUUCCAGACUGGAGAUCGCAAUAUGGACGGUCAUCUGGGAGGGUCUGGGCAUCAGAGGCCUGUGAGUGAACAGCUCGGAUACAGUUAGUCAGAGAGCUAUACAGUACUUCAUCAUAGUGUCAUCCAACAGAUGCAGAUCUGGGAUAGCACAUGGAGGGGAUGCUGGGGUUCUCAUAGGCCUUGCCAAAUCAAUUUGCAUAUUUUACUAAUGGGCCCCAGGGAGCUGGUAGUCAAGACUAAGAAGUGGGUACUCGUUUUCCUGCAUUGUGUUCUUGGCAAAUCGGUGCAUGUAGUACAUUUUCUGCAUGCACUGACUCACACCAUGAUACAUGCUUCCAAGGUAACCCAACAGUGUCGGUGGCGAAUCGUAAAACCCUCCCCAUAUGUAGCCAACAGAGUAUGAAAUUGAUAUAAUUGGUUACAGUAAUCAACCACUUAUUAGAGUAGCUUGUUAUUGGCUGGAGUACACAACAGGGCUUUCUCUCUCAGCCCUGGGGAGGAAACCCUCCCUAACCAGAGAGCUCAAUGGAUUCUUACAAACAUUUAAUUAGUUUCAGAAACCACCUACAGAAUGACAUUUCUAUGAGGGCAUAGGAAUGUGUAGGAAUAGCUUUGCUUUACUGCCCACCUACAUUUCUUCAGAAGGAAAAAAAUAAAAAUAAACUAAUUACAAUCCUUGAUAACUCAUAAGGAAAUCAUUUUAUCGCAUAAAGGAAUUGAAGAAAAAGUCAAAUAGACUAGAGACAGGAGCUUCUCACACCACUCGUGCACUAUUGGUGAGUAGCUCACCCGCCCCUCCCUUUGUGAUUUCUUCAAAGUUCAGUGGCAGUACCCUGUCUCUCUCCAUCUCGCCUGUCCGAAUUAGAAUAAGAGCUAUUGAUGAAUCACUUCGUAAUUAUCAGCAUUUACAUAUUAUAUUUAUAGGUAGCACCUAAACAGGCCAAAUCAUCAUCAUCAUCAUCAUCAUCAUCAUCAUCUCCAUCAUCAUCCACUGAAAGAGGAUGAGGAAAACCAUAGGGACAUUGUGAUUCAAAGUGUUCCAGUGAUUUCAUGUAUUUAAAUUCUUGACGAAGGUUCUGAUAUCUUGGCGAUUAUAUUUUUUGGCGGAAGCUAUGCCAAUCUUUGUCUGAGACUUUAAUUCCCAAAUCUUUUUAGACAGUCAUGCAGUGCUUUUAACCUUAUCUUUAUCAAAUGAUCCGUAAGUGGACCACUCUGAACUUCUCUGAGUACAUCUACCCCACUUACGUACGUCUAAAAUUCACCCGGAUCAGCACUUUCACUGGUGAUUUUGGAGUGUUUAUCUCCCAUGAUUUCUAAUUGUCUUCUUACUCUUGUAUUAUUACACCAAAUCUCUAGUAACCCAUACACAUCUAGUAACCUAUACACAUCUAGUAACCCAUACACAUCUAGUAACCCAUACACAUCUAGUAACCCAUACACAUCUAGUAACCCAUACACAUCUAGUAACCCAUGCACAUCUAGUAACCCAUGCACAUCUAGUAACCCAUACACAUCUAGUAACCCAUACACAUCUAGUAACCCAUACACAUCUAGUAACCCAUACACAUCUAGUAACCCAUGCACAUCUAGUAACCCAUGCACAUCUAGUAACCCAUGCACAUCGUGUAACCCAUACACAUCUAGUAACCCAUACACAUCUUGUAACCCAUACACAUCUAGUAACCCAUACACAUCUAGUAACCCAUACACAUCUAGUAACCCAUACACAUCUAGUAACCCAUACACAUCUAGUAACCCAUACACAUCUAGUAACCCAUACACAUCUAGUAACCUAUACACAUCUAGUAACCCAUACACAUCUAGUAACCCAUACAUAUCUAGUAACCUAUACACAUCUAGUAACCCAUACACAUCUAGUAACCCAUGCACAUCUAGUAACCCAUACACAUCUAGUAACCCAUACACAUCUAGUAACCCAUACACAUCUAGUAACCCAUACACAUCUAGUAACCCAUGCACAUCUAGUAACCCAUGCACAUCUAGUAACCCAUGCACAUCUAGUAACCCAUGCACAUCUUGUAACCCAUACACAUCUAGUAACCCAUACACAUCUAGUAACCCAUACACAUCUAGUAACCCAUACACAUCUAGUAACCCAUACACAUCUAGUAACCCAUACACAUCUAGUAACCCAUACACAAAUACACACAUACAACUCAAUCUUUCUUUAUCCAACUAUGUCUCUUAAUAGACACAAUUCUAUCCGACCACUUGUCUAUCACUUCCUCACUAUUCUCAACCUGUCCUAUUACCAACCAAACUAUUAGUCAGAUUUCUGUUAUUACCUUCAACUGUCUCCUCUCAUGCAGGCAAACCAAUUCCUACUACCAAUAUAUUCAAUUGUUGGCCGACCAAUUCCUAUGGAUACAUAAUUCGACUGUUUACUUUCUUGUGGGUUAUCCAAUCCCUGCUAAUAAUGUUAAAAAACGGUAUAUUUUACCAACUUCAUUAGACAUAAUCAAUCCUUCUCACUUCCUUAACCCUCUGUGUACAAAUCUAUUGUAUAUACAGUAUAUACUGACCCAACAGUUUUUAUACUGACCCAACAGAAUUCACCUGGAGUGUAGAGAAACCAAUCCCUAUUUAUAUACUGAUCCAACAGUAUUCACGUGAUUGUAGGAAAACCAAUCCCUACUAUUGGAGACACGAACCCCUGUGCUCCCAUUGGUCAAUGUUAUUCAGCCAGAUUCAUUAUUAUAGGGAAAUAGUCCUGCCAAAUUGAACCCCAAAAUGUUGUGGAAGACUCGAUCUAAAGGUUAGGCAGAGACUAAUUUCAAGUAUGAUAGGGAAUCUUUAAUACAACAGCUGCAAGGUAAAUCCCUCUCGAAUCUCAUUCAUGGAAGGAGCUCAAAGAGUAAAUGGUUACCUUUUUAUAUAGCGGGAGGUGAUCAAGCGAUCAUAUUGUUUACACAAGUUAUUUGUACAGGCAACAGUUCCAGAACACAAUGUGUUAGGGGUGUAGACAUAACAGAAGUCCAUGAAAUGCAAUAACAUCACAGUUCAACGCAGAACGGAGCAGAAACCUUGAGAAGUUACAACAGCUCACCCAAAUAGGAAUAGAGCCAGAGCAUCCACUCCCCUCGCUGCAACUGAUCCCAUACUCGUAUACUCUUACUGUGCCAAUCGCCGCUGUACCUCGCUGACUUGGAUAUUUUAUUUUCACAUUGUCCUUGACAGAUUGGCUUCGGAAAUGAUGGUGGAUUACGUAACCAGGCUAGCGCAGUACAGCUCGGCACAGUAGUUUGAAAAGUGUAUUUGUCCAAUUGGCAGCUGUUCCAGAAUCUUGAACACGUAUAAAGCCAACACUCAGGGCUCAAAGUGAUAGUGGAAAUACUGAAGCAGCUCACAGGGGAAUGCACUUUGGCUUGUCAGGGAGUGUUUUUGCUGAUGAGUGACGGAAUUUAAGCCCAUCUCAUAGUAACAUACUGCAGUGCAUCAUGAGAGGUGCAGUCUUUAAUAAUCGUUAAUAAUUUGACUAAUAUACCCAUGAUUCGAUUCUGAAAAGGCCUUGUGUUGACAUGUCGAGACCCACAUUCUAAGUCUGUUAUACGGUUAAGCUGAUCUAGGCAGAAUAUUGAAUAUUAUGUACAUUGAUCAUAGAUUUGGCAACUUUACAUUUUGUACAUCCUUUGCAUUUAUAUCUUAGUAACCCCCUGCAAAUCUUGAAUGCAUUCAUCUUUUUCAUACCAAUUUUAUUUUCACGCCUGAAAAAAGUUUCAAAAGUACUUUCAUGGGGGCGAUGGGAAAAAACAAGCAAACGCAGAUUUGACUUUAAAGGGAAAGACUAAAACAACCAAAAAGAACACAAGACAAACACUUUGUCUAGACUAGAUCAAGGAGGAACAGAGAAAAAGGUUUAGUUUAAAUCAAUACCAGUAGACAUGGGACUAACUCACUCAUCCACUGAGAAAGUCUGCAGGCAGAGCAAUCAAUGCCAGAGUAUGGCUCUGCUCUCACACAUAAAUCAAAUCAAAUGUAAUUGGUCACAUACACAUAUUUA